AUGCGCUCAAAACUUAGAACCAGCAGAGACCAGAACCCGAAGAUAUGGGACGUCAUCACUGGGAAUUGCCUAAAGAUUCUUGAGGCUCACACCGACCGGAAACCAUAUCACUGCUCGGUCACGGGGAUAAUUCCGAGUCGAACUCAGAAAACAACGUCACCUUUGGCCAUGAACUUCAAUGAAAGCUACACAUUUGCUCCACCUCCUUAUACCAAAUCUUCUACCCUUGGCCGGGCUGAACAAUUUCGCCCGGCGCAAGUGGUACGGCGAAAUUCAUUGCACCCCAGUCCCGGAACAAGACUGUCAAUCUCUAGGACGUUCGGGCAACUUGCAUUGUUACAUAAGAAUGCAAUGACAACUGGGUGCAGGAGCUCUUCUUUCACCACAGCGGUAAAAUAUCCUUUCAGAGUAGGCUGGUAA